AUGCCUAUCAACACUGGAGUAUUUAUGAAGGUGCCACGCCUGGUAUACCUGGAGUUUCAUGUUUGCGGAAGUACAUCUACGAGUCUUACGGCUGUGCCAAGGUUACUGAGGCUUGGUGCUCUGUCAGUGGCUUCCUCGGUUUCUGCUCACGGCUGUCGAUUUGCAAGCAGAGGAGCCAACAGGGCGUUGACAGGACAUAGCCAUGUGCACAGAGACAGAAAAUCAAACGGACUUCCGAGAUACAGUGCGGAGUUGUCUGAUGAAGACCUGGAGGAUUUAGAGGAUGUAGAAGAGAAGAUCCAGGCCUUGGUUGACGGAGAGAGGAAGAGGCAGAGAAAGGUGAAAUUUCACAUAAUGAGGACGCAAAUGACUGCACCAGGAGCUCCACAGAGGACGCUUACCUGGGAUGCUAUUGAACAGAUCAGAUAUCUGAAGCAAGAGCAACCAGAGGAGUGGACAGUAGAGCGUCUGGCUCAGAGCUUCUCAGUCACCCCUGAUGUGAUCCUGAGAGUCCUCAGGAGCAAGUUUGUCCCUGCUCCUACAAGAAAAGAAAAGCAGGAUGCCAAAGUAAUGGCUGAACUGAGUCAGCAGGCGUUGCUUUCAGGUUCUGGGACAGGGCAGGACAGGCUGAAGCUGCCAAGGAACCACACACCAGCCAUACUCCCAUCUAAAAGUGGAGAAGGUGGUUUGGUUCCUGUGGCUGACCAGACUCUGAUUCAAGGAGAAGUCUCAGAAUCCCUGGCCAAGAGGCCUGUCCCCGUUACUGUUCUGCCCUCCCAGUUCACAGCUGGUGUUAGUAAAGGAGUCACAUUUACAAGAUCAACAGAAGAAGAUAGUGCUACUCACACAAAUCCAGCUGACGAGGAGGAGGAGGAGAGCUGGGAUGGACAGGUGCUGACAGAAGAAGAACUUGAAGAGUUUCUGGAAAUGGAAAAGCCCUCUCCUGUGGUGCAAGUUGGGAGUGAUUUCUUUGAUGCAGAGGGCAACUUUUUGUAUACAAUUUGAGGACAUUCUAUUGAAUUGGUGGUUAAUCAGACCAACAUUCCAAGCAAACAGGCAAAAUGAAAAGAUGAAUAAAUGUCUAACAAAAAU